AUGCCCCCUAGAGGUAGGAAGAGGAAAGUGCCCGCUCCAGAGCCCUGGUUGAUGCUGUGUUGGUUUUGUGGGCGGGGGGAGGUGGGAGCGGGGGAGAGAGAUGGUGGGGAGGGUGCAUGUGUUCCGCUCCACGCCCUGGUUGAUGCUGUGUUGGUUUUGUGGGCGGGGGGAGGUGGGAGCGGGGGAGAGAGAUGUAAAAGCUGACGAGUGUACCUGCGGAAUGCCGAAGCCCUGAGAGAGGCGAUCGGAGAAGCGUACCCCAAAAUCACCAUAGAGUUUAACCCCGAAAAACCCAGAAGAAACAGCUUUGAGGUCACAUUCGUCGAUAGCAACGGGACUGAAGUCUCUCUCUGGUCUGGAAUUAAGAAGGGGCCGCCACGCAGGGGAUGAAUGUUCCCUGAAGCUGCAGUUGUGCUUGAUGCCCUGAAGGCGGGUGAUGUAGAGCGCAGUCAACAGUCUUUUAAAGAGUCUCAGCCAAUCGCUUCUCAGAGUCUCCUGUUGCCGGGUGCAUUAUGAAGAGGACUGACCAAUGGGGUUGCUCCCCCAGUCUUUCCUCUGAUGACCUCACAGCUCCGGUACCGGGAGGCGAAGGUGGUGGAGAGGCUGGCACACUCUGCUGGCUUGGAGGAGAACUGCAGUCUGGUUUAAUUGUCAGAAUUUAAAGGUUUUUUUUUUUUUUUUUUCAAAUUUUGGAUCUUU